AUGUUUUCACCUGUAUUCAGUCCACCACGGCCACUCGUCAUGCAAAGCCCGUCUGCAAGUCCUGCGAAGACCCGCCCAUCCUUCCAGCUUACUUCUGCGGAAAGUUUCGAGGCAUCGCUCAUGGCUGGUGGUUAUGGUCUCUACGUGUGUUUUCAUUGCCACAAAAACGGCUUUCUCGCUAACUCUGUUCUUCCAAAGAAAACCGCGGAAUGGGUGCGCCAGCCAUCCGUCCCGGGCGACAUUCCAAUGCCGGCGUCUGUACCCGGUCCAUCCAAGCCACCCAUCUUCAAAAAACCUGAAUAUGUGCUCCCUCCACCACUCAGCGAAAAACAGCUUCGCAAGAAACGUCGUGUGGAUAAAUUCCGUAUAAACAACAAUGGCGGUGGCUCUCGACCAUAUCAACGGCUUCUUGUUGGCGAACUGCGUGGGAUUGGGAGGGUUAUCCUAGACGAGACUCCUCCAAAUGGCGUCUACACGGAGGCUACAGCCAUAGCUGCUGCCCGGAGACCAGCUGAAGAACGAAGACGGAAGAAAAUAGCUGCUGACGCUGCAAUGCGGGAGCGGGAGCGCAAAGAGGCAUUGACCGUCAGUUAUGAGGAUUGCCCGACGCAACCCAACUGGCCGGAUGACGACUUUCCAUGGAGGCUGAGUGAGGAGCGGAGGUUAAAGCUCUUAAAAGAAGACCGAGAACUGCGAAUGCGCUAUAUCGAAGAGUUUUUCGCAGGCGACACGGAUGAUGAAGACGAGGUUGGAGGAGGAAGAUCGAAGCGUAUCGCCUAA